AUCCUGCGCCUCAUACGUGCAGGUCACUACCCCACAAGGCCACAACACAACUAAGUCCCUCCCCUUCUCUCUCUUACUUUCAUUUUCACCAAACUCCUUCCUUUCUCUCUAUCUUGUCAUUUCUCGAACCCAAAACCAUUUUUAACAAUUUUAAUUCGAAACCCACCUUAAUAUAUAUAUAUACUCACACACACAAAAUAGAAAGCUCAAUUCAAGAAUCAAGAGCAAGAAUUCUUUUCUUUGUAUUUGUAUAUUAUGUGUUUGACUUCUUUUUCUUGAUUGGAAGUUGUUUUGCUUUCUUUUCUUUUUUGGUGGGAUUAAUGAAACAAGAUUAGUACAGUAUCAUCCACUCUCUCUCUCUUUUUCUUUGAACCCAAACUUGAGAAUUAAAGAUAUCAGAACCAAGGAUUGAAAUCUUCUUUCUUUUUUGUUUUGUUUUGUUUUAUUUUUGCUUUCUCGUUUCUUGAUAAAUGGGUGCUUGGCCUCUGCUUGCUUUAAUCUUGCUAAGCUUCUUUACUACUCUUUCAACAUCAGAUCCAAAUGAUGAAGCAUGUUUAACCCAUUUAAGUCAAUCUUUAAAAGACCCAACUAAUUCUCUUCAAAACUGGACUAAACCGAAUCUUGCAAACCCAUGUUCUGGUUUCAACUCUUAUCUUUCCGGUGCUACUUGUAACAAUGGUCGAAUCUACAAGCUUUCUCUCACAAAUCUUUCUCUUCAAGGCUCUAUUUCUCCUUAUAUAUCAAACUGUACCAAUCUUCAAACUUUAGACCUCUCUUCUAAUUCUCUUACCGGUCCUAUUCCUGCAGAUUUACAGUACUUGGUCAAUCUUGCUGUGCUUAAUCUUUCUUCUAAUAGAUUAGAAGGAGAGAUCCCUGCACAGGUUGCAUACUGUGCUUAUUUAAAUGUGAUUGAUUUUCAUGAUAACUUUCUUUCUGGUCAAAUACCACAACAGUUGGGUCUUUUGGUAAGGCUAUCAGCUUUUGAUGUCAGCAAUAACAAGUUAUCAGGGCCAAUACCUGCUUCAUUGGGGAAUAGGAGUGGGAAUUUGCCAAGAUUUAAUGCAACUUCUUUUGGAGGAAAUAAAGAUCUUUAUGGAUACCCUUUGCCUCCUAUGAAGAGUAAAGGUUUAUCUGUUUUGGCCAUUGUCGGGAUUGGUUUGGGAAGUGGGUUUGCCAGUUUGGUACUCAGUUUUACUGGUGUUUGUAUUUGGUUGAAGAUUACUGAACAGAAGAUGGCUCUUGAAGAAGGCAAAAUUAGUCAACUUAUGCCUGAUUAUUGAAGCUUUUAAUUCAUUAUGAAGAUGGCAGAAAACAGAAGAAAAAAAAACGAAGAAGGUAAUUCAAGGUAUGUUUAGGUAUAAUUGAAGAUUGAUCUUUUUGGGUUUUGUCAUUGAGGUGUGGGCUAAUGCUAUUUUUCUCAUAUGGGGUUCUUUCAGGCUUUCAGCUAGCAGUUGUAUUUUACUGAUUUUUGGAGGCUUUUCUUUGUUUUUUUGUUUUUGUUCUUCGCUUCACUUUUUCUUCUUUUUAACCCUUUUUUUUUUUCCUCUUUAAAUUUUUUAUCAUAUAUCUAUAGCAUUUCCCCUAAAAAAUCAACAGUGUAUAAAUCAAUUCAAACAAGAAAUAGUGCAGCUUCUUUCACUUGUCAAUCUUAAUGGUGUAUUGUAACAAUCAAGUUAGUGCAAUCUCUCUCUUGUAUUUUUUUUCCCCUUCUCUAAUGUACUGUGGAAUUUUGUCUGCAUUGAGCUAAAAGAUAAAAAAAUGAAAAAGAAAUCCAAUGGUGGGGAACUUUUUA